AUGGAGGAGGCUGAUAAGCAACACAAAGUGCUCAGACAUUGGAAAUUUAUUCAACUCUGGAUUUGGAUGCUCUCUUUCUUUGCAAUUUUGUCCUUAUGCCAAUCUUUCAACUAUGAUGAAGCUCUCUCAAAAAGUCUCCUCUAUUUCGAAUCGCAACGUUCUGGCCGGUUACCAUACAAUCAAAGAGUCACUUGGCGGUACCAUUCAGGACUCACCGAUGGCCUGGAACAAGGAGUGGACUUGGUUGGAGGUUACUAUGAUGCUGGGGACAACGUCAAAUUUGGUCUGCCAAUGGCAUUCACCAUAACAAUGCUAUCAUGGUCUGUUAUAGAAUAUAGGGAGCAGAUUUCCAAGGCCGGAGAGCUUGAACACGCGCUAGAGGCAAUUAAAUGGGGAACAGAUUAUUUCAUCAAAGCUCAUACUCACCCCAAUGUCUUUUGGGCUGAGGUGGGAGAUGGUGACACCGAUCAUUACUGUUGGCAGCGGCCGGAGGACAUGACAACGUCACGGCAAGCCUACAAGGUUGACGAGAACAGCCCGGGAUCGGACAUAGCGGGAGAGACAGCGGCAGCAAUGGCGGCAGCGUCCAUUGUGUUUAGGAAAACAAUCCCACAUUACUCCCACCUACUAUUGCACCAUGCACAACAAUUGUUUCGGUUUGGUGACAAGCAUAGGGGGAAAUAUGAUGAGAGUGUUAAGGUGGCGAAGGGGCACUAUACGUCAGUGAGUGGGUACAUGGAUGAGUUGUUAUGGGCAGGUUUAUGGCUAUACAAGGCCACCGACAAUGAAGGUUAUUUGAAUUACGUGAUUGAAAAUGCUCAUGCUUUUGGUGGGAUCACUUGGGCCAUAACCGAGUUUAGCUGGGAUGUCAAGUAUGCCGGUCUGCAACUCAUUGCUUCAAUGUUACUAACCGAGGAAAGGCACAGAAAACACCAACACAUACUCAAAGAAUACCGUUCAAAGGCAGAGUAUUACCUCUGUGCCUGCCUUCGCAAAAACAAUGUGACUAACGUGCACCGGACCCCAGGCGGCUUACUUUACAUUCGGCAAUGGAACAACAUGCAAUACGUAUCAACAGCAGCAUUUCUUCUCACAACUUACUCUGACUAUCUCCAAGCCUCUAAUCAACGGCUGCAAUGCGAUCAAGGUACACUGGAGCCAUCAGAUAUUUUCAAGUUUGCCAAAUCACAAGUUGACUACAUAUUGGGUUCUAAUCCUACGGGAAUGAGCUACUUAGUUGGAUAUGGUUCAAAAUACCCUCAAGCGGUUCACCACAGAGGAGCAUCUAUUGAAUCAUACAAAAGGCACAAGGGUUUCAUUGGAUGCACGCAGGGAUAUGAUAUUGGGUACAGUCGACAAGGUCCAAAUCCUAAUGUUCUGGCCGGUGCUUUAGUUGGUGGUCCUGACAUCAAGGAUCAGUUUAGGGAUGAAAGGGAAAACUACAUGCAAACCGAGGCCUGCAUUUAUAACACUGCGACUCUUGUAGGUGUUUUUGCUAAAUUGCAUUGGCUGGGAAAGGAUUAUUAG